CAUGUUCUUUGCACAAAGCCAGAAGAGAAGAAGAAGAUGUGUGGAAUUGCGUUGAUUGUCUCAGGCAUUCGCAUCGACACCUCAUCUCUGCCAUUCGAUUCAACAACAGCAACCCCGACUCGCAAAUCCGAGAAAUUAUUGUUCUCUUUGGAUGAUCUGAAAGAAGCGCUGCGGAGAAGGGGUCCCGAUAGUUUUGGCGCCAAGAAAGUUCUUCUUCAAUUAUUAGGUCAAAACGGUGUCUCUUCCUUCACGGUGGAGGAAGACGGCGAUGCAGCAGACGGUGCUAUCGAAACCGCGAAACUUCAUUUCUUCGGUGCCACACUGCAGCUCCGGGGAAUUAAUCCACUUGUUCAGCCACUGACAGAUGCCUCUGGAAAUGUUCUCGUGUAUAAUGGUGAGAUUUUCGGAGGACUUCAUCUCGCGAGUGAUUGCAACGAUGCCGAGUUUCUUUUGCAGACUCUAGGGGAGUGUUGCUCCUGUGGUUCUUGUGCAACUGAUAGGUGUGUUGAAUGUGGGAAGAGUUCUAUUGCGGGUGUUCUUUCUGCAAUUAAAGGACCCUGGGCUAUCAUCUACUGGCAGGAUAGUUCGAGGACUCUUUGGUUUGGCCGAGAUGCGUUUGGUAGGCGGAGCCUCCUUGUUCACUGGCCGACAGUAGAUGACUCAACCUUUCUGCUUUCUUCUGUGUCACCUGUUUCACCGGUCCAGCAGGCCUCUGCAGAGUAUGAAGAUCAUAAUGGGAUAGGAUGUCUUAGUUACUGGGAAGAGCUACCAUGUGGAAUAUAUAGUGUGCAUGUUGAUGCUUCAAAAACAAGUGGAUAUCUGGUGGGUGAAGUCAAGAUACAUGAAUAUACAAACUCAAUGUUAAAUGAACUUAUCAAGUGGGAGAGAAUUUCCGUUGAACCAAGCUCUGAAGACCUGCAUACAUUCUGUCACAAGUUAUCCUUGGGGCAACAUGCUAAGCAUCAGCCUUCUUCAGAGGCAGUUCCAAACAAAACAGGCUCAAUUCAACCUGCAAUUCCAAUGCCAGCUCAUAUUUUGCUAAAUGCUUUAAAGGAAUCAGUGUUACGGCGCACUUCAAUGUAUACUGUUUAUCAGGCUGUGAUAUCUGGUAUUAGACAAGAGAAGUUUUUUCCUGUGGCAAUUCUUUUCUCUGGUGGCCUGGACUCUAUGAUACUUGCAGCAUUAUUGGAUAAAUGCAUGGAUCCCAGCUAUGAAAUUGAUCUACUUAAUGUAAGUUUUGAUGGGCAGUUAGCUCCUGAUAGAAAAUCUGCCAAGGCAGGGUUGAACGAACUAAGAAGAGUUGCACCUUCCAGAAAGUGGAGACUUGUGGAAAUUGAUGCUGACUUGUCAGACUUGGUGUUCGAAACUAGUCAUGUUAUGUCCCUCAUAAAUCCUGCCAACACCUACAUGGACCUGAAUAUUGGAAUUGCUUUAUGGCUUGCUGCUGGUGGUGAUGGAUGGGUAUCUGAUGCAAAUACAUAUGAUAAUGAUGGCAAUCAUGUACGAAUUAAAUAUAAGUCAAAUGCGAAGAUUCUCCUUGUUGGUUCUGGUGCCGAUGAGCAGUGUGCUGGGUAUGGGAGACAUAGAACAAGUUAUAGACGUGGAAGUUGGCUGGGGUUACAUGAGGAAAUGAGACUCGACAUGCAAAGAAUUUGGAGAAGAAAUUUAGGGAGAGAUGAUAGAUGUAUUGCUGAUAAUGGGAAGGAGGCUAGAUUUCCAUUCUUGGAUGAGGAUGUUAUAAGGCUUUUGCUCAAUAUUCCAUUGUGGGAGGUAGCCAACCUCGAUCAACCUAGUGGCAUUGGUGAUAAAAGGAUUUUAAGAGAGGUUGCUGAAUUGCUUGGUUUAUAUGAAGCAGCAGUUCUGCCAAAACGAGCAAUCCAGUUUGGUUCAAGAAUUGCAAGGGAAUCAAAUCGGAAGAAUUUUGGAAGCAAUCGAGCAGCAAAUCAGGCAUCGGCUGGCAGCGUAACGAUUCAUAGGAAAUCCAAUUUUUGUUGAUUUUUUUUUUGGCAUGCGGAACACAUUAUCCUUUCUGAUCCAAACCAUUAAUAGACGUAGUUGUUUGAAACCGUGUGUGCCUAUAUAUUUGAUCAAGAAAUUGGACAGCAUUUUGGAACUACUUGAGAUGUUAUGCUUGGUGGUACCUUUACUAUAUCUGAAGGGUUUUGAUCAAUAAUAUCUGUAAGGAGGAUUCGACCCCCAGAGCUCUCCCUAACGCCAAAAUUUCUGCGAGCUUGACCUCAAACGUGCUUGUAAACCACUUUUGAGUCUUGGCUAGAUACUGAUUUUGAGAUUAAUUGUAUGACACGAUACAAGUUUAUGGUGAUUUUCAUGAACAACAGUGUAAUUAUAAUUUAAUUAAUUUUUCAUUACUCUUCAAAUUUCA